UUUCCAGCCUGACCUGACUCGACCCUGUCCCGGCUGGGGCUGGACUGUAUUUUAUUUCCUCGUCGCACUCCGUUGGAACCCGCCUGGUUCCCGGCUUUUCAGGCGAGAUGCUGCGCAGCUCCAUUCGGGCGCUGCACGGCGCGGCUGUGUCGUCGUCGCCACGAUGCUUCUCGACAGCCUCCGUGUCAGCGAGAGCCGCCUUCAAGCUGACGGCCUCGCGCCGCCCGCUGGCCGUGGCCGCCCAGAAACGCUUCGAGAGCGCCACGUCCAACCCGCCCAACCCCAACGACAACUUCCUCUCGGGUAGCUCGGCCAGCUACGUCGACGAGAUGUACCUGCAGUGGAAGCACGACCCCAAGAGCGUCCACGUCUCGUGGCAGGUCUACUUCCGGAACAUGGAGAGCGGCGACAUGCCCAUCUCCCAGGCCUUCACGCCGCCCCCGUCGCUGGUGCCCGGCUCGUCCGUCGUGCCCGGUCUGGCAGGCGGCGCUGGUGUCGGCAUCGGCGAAGGCUCUGACGUCACCAACCACCUCAAGGUCCAGCUGCUCGUGCGCGCAUACCAGGCCCGUGGCCACAACAGGGCAAAGAUCGACCCCCUGGGCAUCCGCGAGUCCUCAAAGGGCUUCGGCAACAUCAAGCCGAAAGAGCUGUCGCUAGACUACUACCAGUUCACCGAGAAGGACAUGGACACGGAGUACACACUAGGCCCCGGCAUCCUGCCGCGCUUCAAGAAGGACGGCCGCGAGAAGAUGACGCUGCGCGAGAUUGUCGCCGCCUGCGAGAACAUCUACUGCGGCGACUACGGUGUCGAGUUCAUCCACAUCCCCGACAGGGAAAAGUGCGACUGGCUGCGCGAGCGCCUCGAGGUGCCUCAGCCCUUCAAAUACUCGAUCGACGAGAAGCGGAGGAUUCUCGACCGCCUCAUCUGGAGCUCCAGUUUCGAGUCGUUCCUGUCCACAAAGUACCCCAACGACAAGCGCUUCGGCCUCGAGGGCUGCGAGACCCUGGUGCCCGGCAUGAAGGCUCUCAUCGACCGCAGCGUCGACUAUGGCGUCAAGGAUAUUGUCAUUGGCAUGCCUCAUCGCGGCCGUCUCAACGUCCUGAGCAACGUCGUCCGCAAGCCCAACGAGUCCAUCUUCAGCGAGUUUGCCGGCACCACUGGCGCCGAGGACGAGGGUUCAGGCGACGUCAAGUACCAUCUGGGCAUGAACUUUGAGCGUCCCACGCCCUCUGGAAAGCGCGUGCAGCUGUCCCUCGUCGCCAACCCGUCGCAUCUCGAGGCCGAGGAUCCCGUCGUGCUCGGCAAGGUCCGCGCCAUCCAGCACUACAAUAACGACGAGCAGACGCACCGCAGUGCCAUGGCCGUCCUGCUCCACGGCGAUGCCGCCUUUGCUGCCCAGGGUGUCGUGUACGAAUGUCUCGGCUUCCACUCUCUGCCGGCCUUCUCGACCGGCGGCACCAUUCACUUGGUCGUGAACAACCAGAUCGGCUUCACCACAGACCCCCGCUUCGCCCGCUCGACUGCCUACUGCACGGAUAUUGCCAAGGCCAUCGAUGCCCCCGUCUUCCACGUCAACGCUGACAACGUCGAGGCCGUUAACUUCGUCUGCCAGUUGGCUGCCGAUUGGCGCGCGGAAUUCAAGCAGGACGUCAUCAUCGAUUUGGUCUGCUACCGCAAGCACGGCCACAACGAGACUGACCAGCCGUCCUUCACACAGCCGCUGAUGUACAAGCGCAUCCAGUCGCACGAGCCGCAGAUCAACAUCUACGUCGACCAGCUCCUCAAGGAGGGCACCUUCACCAAGGAGGACAUCGAGGAGCACAAGCAGUGGGUGUGGGGCAUGCUGGAGGAGAGCUUCUCCAAAUCCAAGGACUAUCAGCCUACAUCUAAGGAAUGGACGACUAGCGCUUGGAACGGAUUCAAGUCCCCCAAGGAGCUGGCCACCGAAGUCCUGCCCCACAACCCUACCGGCGUGGACCAGAAGACACUCGAGCACAUUGGCGAGGUCAUCGGCACUGCCCCCGAGGGCUUCAACGUCCACCGCAACCUGAAGCGCAUUCUCGCCAACCGCACCAAGUCGGUUGUCGAGGGCAAGAGCAUCGACUGGUCGACGGCCGAGGCGUUGGCGUUCGGCACCCUCGUGACCGAGGGCCGCCACGUCCGCAUCUCCGGCCAGGACGUCGAGCGCGGUACCUUCUCGCAGCGCCACGCCGUCUUCCACGACCAGGAGACCGAAGACACAUACACGCCUCUUCAGAACAUCAGCAAGGACCAGGGCAAGUUCGUCAUCUCCAACUCGUCGCUCAGCGAGUUUGGCGCUCUCGGAUUCGAGUACGGCUACUCUCUUACGGACCCCAACGGCUUCAUCAUGUGGGAGGCUCAGUUUGGCGACUUUGCCAACAACGCCCAGUGCAUCAUCGAUCAGUUCAUCGCGUCUGGUGAGGUGAAGUGGAUGCAGCGCACUGGCCUCGUCAUGUCUCUGCCCCACGGAUACGACGGCCAGGGCCCUGAGCACUCUUCCGGUCGUCUCGAGCGAUUCCUCCAGCUCUGCAACGAGGAUCCUCGCGUGUUCCCCUCGCCCGAGAAGCUCAACCGCCAGCACCAGGACUCCAACAUGCAGAUUGCCUACAUGACCACCCCGGCCAAUCUGUUCCACAUUCUCCGCCGCCAAAUGAACCGGCAGUUCCGCAAGCCUCUCAUUCUCUUCUUCUCUAAGUCGCUGCUGCGCCACCCCAUUGCCCGCUCAGACAUUGAGGACUUUGUUGGCGACUCGCAGUUCCAGUGGAUCAUUACUGACCCGGCCCACAAGACGGGCGAACUCAAGGCGCCCGAGGAGAUUGAUCGCGUCAUUCUCUGCACCGGUCAGGUUUAUGCCGCGCUGGUCAAGUACCGCGCCGACAACAAGAUCGACAACGUCGCCUUGACCCGCAUCGAGCAGCUGAACCCCUUCCCAUGGGAGCAGCUGCGCGAGAACCUCGACAUGUACCCCAACGCCAAGACCAUUGUAUGGGCGCAGGAAGAGCCCCUGAACGCGGGCGCGUGGAGCUUCACGCAGCCUCGCAUCGAGACGCUGCUCAACCACACGGAGCACCAUGACCGCAAGCACGUCAUGUAUGCCGGCCGCAGCCCCAGCGCUUCGGUUGCUACGGGCGCCAAGUCCUCGCACACCAAGGAGGAGCAGGAGCUGCUGCGGAAGGCGUUCACCGUCACUCAGGAGAAGUUGAAGGGGGAGUAGAGUACUGUAGCAAAAGGUGGAGUAAGGCACAUUCAGCAUGGUUGCGGUUCUUUUUUUGAUUUUGAGCACAAUAGACAACAACGACAAACGGCAAAAUAACAUGGGUAGGAACCAAAUCAAACUCUUUCCUUUUUUUCUUUUUGCCCUGGACCGCUUGGAGAGCAUUAUUUCUAUCUUUCCAUGGGCGUGUUGCUAGGAAAUAAUGAAGGGCACUCGAUCUGCUCGCCG